AUGGCUGAGCACCCAGACAUUAAGUAUUUGAAGGAGAAUGAGAUAACUCCUAUCCUGAUGAAAGGGAUGGCUGAGACAUAUAAAUCCCAACCCAACAACCCGGUCAAAUUCCUUGCUAAAUGGCUGAUAAAUUACAACAUGGCCUCUGUGAAGGAAGACCAGAUGAAAGAUGAAGAGAAGAAAGCUCAAGCCAAGCAGGAACAACAUAAGAAGGAUCUCAAAAAGGAAGAAGUCAAAAAUCAAGAAAUUGAAAAAGAGAAGGAAGAAAAGCAGAAGCAAAUAGGUUCUUUCCAUAAAAAAUACAGAGAAAGUGACGACCUUGAAGAUCAUCUCCAGGAGCUUUCAGAUUUCGUCUCUGAAAACACUAAUGCAACUACAGUGUAUAUCGGAAAACUAGCCAAGCCAAAGAAGAAAAUUGAAGAUGAGUCAGACGACAAGGCUCACAUUGAUGAAGAGGCACUGGAGCAAAUUGAAAUCAUUCAUGCAUCCCCAAAAGAUUUUGAGUUCCUUGUUGGGAAAACUAUCAAAGCUAACGAAGGAGUCACCCAUCGCCUAUUUGGUACCUCUGCUGAAGGAGAAGGUGAAGAAGAAGAGCCAGCUCCUGCUGAAGAAGGGGAAGGAGAGGGUGACAAAGAGGAAAACACUGAUCCCAAACAUCUCUUCAUUGAACAAGUAGUGAGAGAAAAACGUAUGAAGUUCUUUAAAGUACCCAGACUUGGUUCCUAUCUCGCCAUAAGACUCAGUUACCAAUCCUGCAUGUCUGAAAAGGCUAUUGAAGAAGCUAUAGCUGACAAAAUUGAAGUCGACCGUAAAAGAGAAGAGCAAGAAGCUGAAAAGAAAGAACUAGAGGACAAUAAUAGUGGCAAAGAAGGCGAAGACGAUGAAGAUGAGGGUGAAGGUAGAGAAUGGGAGGAAAUCAAGGAAAAAGAUUACCUUGUCUCUGAACAAAAAUACGUAGUCUGUAUUGACACAAUGGGCCAAGACCGCACCCUAGAUGAGAAGCAAAUCAGAUUCGCCAUUGAUGUAGUCAAGGAUUACUCUGAAAACUGGGAAAAGACAGAAAAAGAAAAUCUCAGAAAAGAUAUUGAGAAGAAAGUUGAUGCUGGAAGGAAGGAUAAGGAAUAUUUUGAAAAUGAAUCUGCGAAUAUUCAAAAUGAUGAAGAGAAAUAUAUCGAUGACAUGCUCGCCCUUCGAGAAGAUCUCGAGACAGAUGAAGAAAGAGAUAAAGAAUCCAAGGUUUACAAAUUCCAGUUCUACACAAGAUUUGUCAGUGGGCUAACAACAGAGGCAGAGAGCGCAGAUGAAGAAUCAGCAUCUUCAAAACCUCCUACAGCUAAAGGGAAGGAUAGAAAAGAUGACAAGAAAGCUAAGAAAGACCCUAAGAAGGCCAAGCCAGAACCUCCGAAGAAAGAAGAGACUAAAGAGGAGACUAAAGAUGAAGAAGGUGAAGGAGAGGCCGAGCCUGAAAAGCCAAUAGAGCCAAGAUUAGAUAAGCACAAUGUGCGCUGGAGGAGCGAGAUAUUAGCGCUCAAGGAGUCUAAAACAAUCUGUUUCCCUAGAAUCUUCCAGACUAUAUUCUAUCUUCUUGGUUACACUCGUGAGCAAAUUUGUGAAGUAAAUACAAAUAAGCUUGACUGGAAGAAGGCUAAGGAGCUAAUAGAUGAUAAUUUCUUCAUGAAAUUAUUCAAAUACCAGCCUGUUGGGCCUAAAGAUGGAGAGUAUAAGCCAUAUCAGAAGAUAAACUUCCUUGAAAAGCAAGUCGAAGAUAUCGAGCAGGAACAAGUCGAGGCAUACUCCCACACAUUUGUACGUCUCCUGGAGUGGGUAAAGCUAGCAAUGUCUGUUCGUCGUGAAGAUGUCGUCAAGCGUAUCCUCAACACUCAGCGCCUCAAGGAAGAACGUGCUCGUGCUCAAGAGCAGGAAGAAGAACGCCAAGUAGAACGCAAGGCCUUCUUCGAGGAAGAAAAAGCAAAAUGGGACGAAGAACAAGAGAAGAAGAGAGAAGCUGAAGAAGAACGCAAGAAACGAGAACUAGAAGAAAAACUUGAGGAUGAAGAAGAUGAGUUUGAUGACUAUAAUGAUGAAGAAGCUGAAGGCGAGGAUAAAGGUGAAGGAGAUGCUGAAGGAGAAGACCAUGGCGAAGGAGCUGCUGGAGAGGGUGAAGAUGAUGAAGAUGACAAAUUUGAUGAAAAUGAAGUCUAUGAGAGGUUUGAUGAAGACAGAGAACCUAUUCCUAUUCCACCAGAAGUCAUCGAUGAUAUCGAUAAUGAUAUUGACAUCACGCUUGAAGAUAUUGAGGAGAAACAAGAUGAAUAA